AUGUCGCUCGUACGUGCCUUUACCACCCGGCGCUCCAAGCCUGAUCACCUCGAGAACGUCCACGUCGGCCGCGCCGCCAGUCAACGCCAAGGUCGACCAGUCCACCGCACUCAGAUCUCGUCACCCGUCGUUCUGCUGUCCAGCACGAAUGCGCUGUCAUACGACGCACCUGAUAUCGCCGGCACUGCGCCCGUCGGCGGCACUCGCGACUUCUCCUCGUCAUCAUCCAGGUCUUCCCACGAGGGCAGCGACGCCAGCACAUUCGACAUCAGCUCCAACACCGACGCUUCUUCGAUCGAGAACUCCCCCAUCAGCCCCGAGCCCGAGCCAAACCACUUGAGCUGCUACUUCAAGUCUGCGCAAGACUCUUCGCCAACUCUGCAAUCACGAGCUUCCUUCGACGCUCCAUCCAUCCCACAGCGAGUGCCCUCGCAUUCCAAGAAGGCUCACGAACGGGUUCACCGCAAGCGCUCGGUCCAGCGUAUGAUGUCUCCACCAUCCAGCAUCGUUCGCAACUCGACCGAGAUGUUCAAGCCGAUCGAAGCGCCGCAAGAGAACCCCUUUGGCAACGAACUCGCCCAGCUGGAUGAGGUCGCCGAGGAGUUGAGCUACGCUGUGCGCGAUGCCGAAGCUGAGGAGGAUGCCGCGUACAUGGAAGCGCACGGCCUUGCUCGAUACGACGCCGAUAGCUACCUCGCCGAGAUCCACAGCCUCAUCUACGAGACCUACCACGCUGAAGAGCCAAUCUGGAUUUGA